AUGGUAACUUUUUUAAUGCUGACGCGUAAAUUAUUUUAUUCAGAAGGUGAAGUGCUGCUGUUGUCAUUACUAUAUCUCCACUGCGUUUCCGCAUUUGGCGGAAGACAUGAUUCGGCGGAACAUAUUGAGCAAGCAGCCGAGAAGAGGGCAUACAGUAUUCAUCGUAUUGAUACUUUGAUUUUAUUGAUUUUCGUUGCUUUACUUGUUUUCAUUGUUCUUACGGCAUGGUUUUUCAAGCAUCAUCGCUUUCGGUUUAUCCAUGAAACUGGUCUUACGUUGUGUUAUGGCUUAUUGAUUGGUCUAUUACUACGUUAUACAAAUAUUGGUGUGAUUGAAAGUCAGACAAUAGAUGUAAUGCAGAAGAAUAGAUCUGUCGUACGUGACCCACCAGAUUAUUUACGACUUGAGGUUGAACCAACAAAAACACAGAAAGUACAGUUUCAUUAUGAACUGAUGGAAGGUUUUUUUGGAGAUAAGGAAAAACAAAGCGAACGACAUCUUAAACAGAAAGCUGUAUUUUCUCCAGAGAUAUUUUUCAACCUUCUUCUUCCACCAAUUAUUUUUAAUGCUGGCUAUAGCUUAAAAAAACGACAUUUUUUUCGAAACAUUGGCAGUAUCCUGACAUUUGCUUUCGCUGGCACAACUAUAUCAGCUGUGAUUUUUGGAAUAAUAAUGCAUUCAUUUUGCUGGUUGUUCUCUUCAUCAUUCACGUUCAAGGAACUUCUUUUUUUCGGCGCGCUGAUGUCAUCAACAGACCCUGUGUCAGUAUUGGCUGUCUUCCAAGAGAUGGAGGUAGAAUCGGAUCUGUAUGCAUUGGUUUUUGGCGAGAGUGUAUUGAAUGAUGCUGUUGCAAUUGUUUUGUCAAGCUCUGUGGAUAAUUUUGCAGCUUCAGAUAAAUCAUUCGAUUUGGAUGCUUUAGUUGCUGCUAUUAUUGACUUUUUAUCCGUUUUUUUCGGAUCACUUCUCUUGGGUUCAGUGAUUGGUUGUGCCACAGCCUUGAUUACUAAAAUGACUGAAAUUAAAGAGUUUCCAUUGCUCGAAGCUGCUCUGUUCAUACUUCUUUCAUAUUUGUCAUUUCUUCUUGCUGAAUUUGUCGAGUUAACAGGAAUUGUUGCUGUUCUUUUUUGUGCCAUAUGUCAGGCUCAUUAUACUUACAAUAAUUUAUCGGAUGAAGCGCGAACUAGGACAAAACAAUUUUUUGAGGAAGUUUCAUUCUUGAUGGAAAGUUUCAUCUUCUGUUAUAUUGGAGUAAGUGUUUUCGUAUCACACAAUCAACAAUGGAGUAUUUCUUUUUUCCUUUGUACCCUGCUUUCUGUGUUUCUCUCAAGAGCAGCUCAUAUCUAUCCGGUCUCUGCCAUGUUAAAUAUUCGUAGAAAACCUAAAAUUCCACAGCGAUACCAACAUAUGAUGCUUUUUUCAGGAUUGCGUGGCGCUAUGGCUUUUGCACUUGCAUAUCGUAAUACAUCAACAGAUAAUCGUCAGAUUAUGGCUACUACUACUAGUAUGGUUGUGAUCGUGACUGUACUGUUCAAUGGUGGCCUCACUUCUUGGUUUACUGAGUAUUUGGGCAUCAGACAUGGUGUUGAUGCUCGUGAUGAUUCUCAGCUGCAGCUCAACUCGGAUGACAGCCAUCUACAAAGCAUAGAUACAUUAUCGCGUGUCAGUGGACAAAAUCCAUGGGAUAAAGCAUUCCUCCCCCGGAAAUGGUACAACUUUGACGCAUCCUUUAUGAAACCAUUCUUAACUAAUGCAAAUCCAACAUUACUGGAGACCAUGCCAUCAUUUAUGGCACCAUUUGCGAAAAUGUUCACAACCAAGGAACAGCUUCCUUCCUAUAAUUUCAUAUUGUUGUUUUUGAUUUAA